GGCACCCACCACCACCUCCUCCUCCUCCUUCUGUGUGCAUACCGAGCAGCUCCACACUCUCUCCAUCUCUGUGCAAGCUGCUGCAUCGUCUCCUCACUUCACCAACACCAGCCUUUGGAAACAACCCAAAUAACCUGUGAUCAUGUCCUCAGUCCUCCAGAAGCUCAUCAGUCCCCUGGCCAGCACCCCCGCUGAGCCCCCAAGGAACAAGGUGACUGUGGUCGGAGUCGGCCAGGUGGGCAUGGCCUGUGCCGUCAGCAUCCUGCUCAGGGAUCUGUGCGAUGAGCUGGCGCUGGUCGAUGUGAUGGAGGAUCGUCUGAAGGGUGAGAUGAUGGACCUGCAGCAUGGCAGCCUCUUCCUCAAGACGUCCAAGAUCGUCGCUGACAAAGACUACGCAGUGACAGCGAACUCCCGCCUUGUUGUGGUGACAGCCGGCGUCCGUCAGCAGGAGGGCGAGAGCCGUCUGAACCUGGUGCAGAGGAACGUCAACGUCUUUAAGUCCAUCAUCCCUCAGAUCAUCAAGUACAGCCCUAACUGCACGCUCAUUGUCGUCUCCAACCCUGUGGACGUGCUGACAUACGUGACCUGGAAACUGAGCGGUCUGCCCAAACACCGCGUCAUCGGCAGCGGCACCAACCUGGACUCUGCCCGCUUCCGCUACCUGAUGGCCGAGCGCCUCGGCAUCCAUGCCACUUCCUUCAACGGCUGGGUGCUGGGCGAGCACGGUGACACCAGCGUGCCAGUGUGGAGUGGAGCUAAUGUUGCCGGAGUGAACCUGCAGAAGCUGAACCCUGAGAUCGGCACUGAUGCCGAUAAGGAGCAGUGGAAGGCCACCCACAAGGCUGUGGUGGACAGUGCCUACGAGGUGAUCAAACUGAAGGGUUACACAAACUGGGCCAUCGGUCUGAGCGUGGCCGACCUCACCGAGAGCAUCGUGAAGAACAUGAGCCGAGUCCACCCGGUGUCCACCAUGGUGAAGAACAUGUACGGCAUCAACGAGGAGGUCUUCCUGUCUCUGCCCUGCGUCUUGAACAGCACCGGCGUGAGCAGCGUGGUUAACAUGACACUGACAGACGACGAAGUGGCCCAGCUAAAGAAGAGCGCUGACACGCUGUGGGGCAUCCAGAAGGACCUGAAGGACAUCUGAACGUACACGUCGACUACACGCCACGCACAGCCAUGAUGCAGAGAGGCCUGUCGACACGCACACACUCCUUUUUACCGUCCUCUCGCUAAAACCGUAGCACUCGGAUUUUAAAGGACUAUACUGGUGUUUUUUCACUUUUAAAUGUACGCCAUCUGGCCUGAUUGGACCGGUCUCACAUUUUGAUGCUAUCUACUGCCGAUUAGUUCCAAAAAAACACUGGUACACUCCUUUAAAUAAGCCGAUUUUCUCCCCAACAGCUGGUAGAAUGAAGUUGCUAUUUCUGUGUUUGUGUUAGGAGCUGAUUGUGUUUCUGUACUUUCUAAGGAUUCUUGUGUUUCAGCUGUUUGGACCCUCAAAACUGCCUAAAGUGUCACUGUGCUCCUCCACAACCCAAAAUGUCAAACAUGUAGUGGCUCUUUACAUCAGAAAACGACACGAUAACCAACGCUCAGUGAAAAUGUGAUUGUGUGAAGGCUGGUGGGAGACGGAGCAGCCAGCAGAGCAGCAGCAGCUAUGUUCAGCUCCACUUUAUUUUUUUAAAAAACCUGAUUCUGAUUUGUCUGACCAUGUGUUGUAAACUGUGUCAAAGCAGCAACGUGUAACUUAAUAAAUCUGAACCGUAUGAAGGGCA